CAAUAUAUAACUACUAGUACAUCUCAUGCACUGAAACCUCCAUCCAAAACUCCAACUAACACCAACCACCAAAACACAUUAAUUCAUUUGCUUUCUAUCUCCUCCCAUGGCCACCCAAAUCCACCGCCACCAUCUACACUUCCUCAUCGUCCCCCUCAUGUCCCAAAGCCACCUUAUCCCCAUGACCGACUUCGCCAAACUCCUCGCCGCCCACCACCGUGGCCUCACCGUCACCAUCGUCACCACCCCCUUAAACGCCGCCCGCUUCGAACCCCUCAUCAACCGAGCCACCGCUUCCGGCCUCAGUAUCCGCCUCAUCCCCCUCCAUUUCCCUUGUUCCAAAGCUGGCUUACCCGAAAACAUUGAGAACAUGGACUCCCUCACUUCCCCUAACCACCUCACACUCUUCUUCACAGCCACCUCUUUGCUCCAGCAACCCUUGGAAAAACUGAUUGCCGAGUUAGAGCCCCCGCCUAGCUGUUUAAUUACCAGCAACGCCCUCCCUUGGACUUCCGAAAUCGCUACAAAAUUCGGUAUCCCGAGAUACGAUUUCAACGCACUUUCUUGCUUCACCCUCCUCUGUUCCAACAGGAUUAAUGAUGCUGUUAUAGACACGGAUUCAGAGUCGAUUCUGGUACCCGACAUGCCUCACCGAAUCGAGUUCAAGAAAACCCAGCUGCCCCAAUUCGUGAGAAAGUAUUCCCCCCAGGUGGAAAAGCUUUUGGAUCAGGUGAGAGCGGCAAAGGCUUCUGCGAGGGGUAUUUUGGUCAAUAGCUUUGAGGAGAUGGAGAUGCAGUAUGUGGAGGGAAACAAGAAAAUAGCAGAGAAUACUUGGUGCAUUGGGCCUGUUUCUCUCUGUAACAAAGAGGUUUCGGACAAAUUUGAUAGGGGUAACAAAGCUGCCAUCGAUGAGCACCACUGCCUGAGAUGGCUGAAUUCGAAAACUCCGAAUUCGGUCAUCUACGCUUGUUUCGGUAGUUUAUGUCACAUAUCAUGUUCUCAGUUGAUUGAAAUUGGUUUGGGAUUGGAAUCGUCGGACCGUUCGUUCAUUUGGAUAAUCAGAGGAGCUGAUAAAUCGGCCGAGGUGGAGAAGUGGCUGGAGACAGAGAGAUUCGAAGAGAGGAACAAAGAGAAAGGGUUGGUGAUCAAAGGGUGGGCGCCCCAAGUCAUGAUACUUUCGCAUCCGGCUGUCGGAGGGUUCUUAACUCACUGCGGGUGGAACUCGACUCUGGAAGGAGUGUGUGCGGGGUUGCCCAUGGUAACGUGGCCGAUGUUCGCAGAGCAAUUUUAUAAUGAGAAGCUGGUCACGGAGGUGUUGGGUAUUGGAGUGAGGAUUGGAGUUGAGGUUGGGAUGCAGUGGGGCAAUGAGGAGGUCGGGGCGUUGGUAAAGAGAGAGAAAGUGAAGGCGGCGGUGGAGGAGGUGAUGAGGGAGGGGAAGGAAGGAGGAGAGAGGAGGAGGAGAGCUAGGGAGCAUGGAGAGAUGGCAAAGAGAGCAGUUGAGGAAGGGGGAUCAUCUUACUUGAACAUGACAUUGUUGAUUGAAGAUGUUAUCCAACAUGCCAAUCAAUCCAAUGGGCUAAAACUGGGAACACUAGUGUAGUUCAAUUCACUGCCUUCGGGCAUCGCCACUUGAUAUUUCGGGUUCUUCGAUCCGUAAGCACAUGUUAAUUCGAUGUUGCUUUGUACGUAACCGCGAUAAUAUUUAUCGAACAAUUAUCAUUUCUCAA